AUGGAGGAAUCAUAUAGGCUACCGAAACAGAAAAGGACUAGGAUGGCGAUCUGUACUUAUAACGCACGUACGCUUGCAUCGGAAGCGGCCAUCGAAAAUCUGAUGAUACAGGGCAGGAAAAUUAAGUACGACGAACAUGCGACAGUAGAGGUGUUGGUGGAGUUGGCGUCCUCAUCAACACGAGUAUGGCAGAAGAACAUCGACUCUUUCAAACAACUCACGACCCAAAUCGGACAUCUGCGGAUGAGAAGAUGUGGUCCAACACCAGCUUUGACUAUCUUCGUCGCUUACGCUCCCACUUCAGGCUACAAAGAAGAAGUCGAAGCUUUCUAUAUGGACCCGGUGAAGAUCUACCGAGAAGAUCCUGCCUUCUACAAAGUCAUAAUUGGCGAUUUCAACGCCAAAGUUGGCCCAAGAAGAACGCCGGAGGAACUUCACAUCGGGACCCACGGCCUACAAUGGAAUGACCAGGGGGAGAGGCUCUCCGAGUUCAUCAUGACGACUAAGACCAUCCAUGGGAACUCGCAAUUCCAGAAGUCCUCCUCUCUACGCUGGACGGGAUCGGACCAUUGCCUCCUCCGAGGAAGAUUUUCCUUCACAAGGAAAGGUGAGAAAGCUGCCAAGUUCAGAGAGCGAAAUCCCAGAACUAUCACAAACUGGGAUCCCUUCGCUAUAACAGCUGGCCUUUUGGAAGAUUACGCAAUGGACAACAUCGAUGAGGAAUAUGAGCGGCUCGUUGAACACCUUCACAAAUGCACGAAGAAGGUUGAGAGUUUUAAAACCACCAAGAGACGCCUGUCUCUUGACACUCUUGAGCUGAUACACCAGCGUGGAGAAGCACGAGCCGCAGGGAACCAAGAACUCACGUCCAAGCGCACAAGGCUUUGCAGAGAGGCGAUAAAUGAAGACAUCAACGAGGGAAUAGCAGAAGUGUUUGUUGAAGACGAGGAUAAGUGCUCUAAGGAACCCAAAUAG